GUCAAAUUCUGUGUGAAGUGCUUGUUGGUACUCGAUUUUGCUUUUUAGCUAAAGUACAGAGUCAUUCUAGAUUUGCCAAAAUGGCAGAGGGCCAAGAGGAACCUAAAAAAAUUACUAUUACAGUAAAAACUCCAAAAGAGAAACAGCAAGUGGAAAUCGAGGAAGAUGCCGAUAUCAAGAAAUUGAAAGAAGUUCUAUCACCAAAAUUCAGUGCUGAACCAGAACAAUUGUGCCUAAUAUUCGCCGGGAAAAUUAUGAAUGAUGCCGAUACUUUGAAGCAACAUAAUAUCAAGGAUGGGUUGACUGUACAUCUUGUAAUCAAAACACCCCCUAGACCAGAGCCGGAAGGUGCCGCCCGAAGACCACCUGCUGAUAUUGGUGCAACACCUUUUGGUUUGAAUUCUUUGGGAGGUUUGGCUGGCCUAGAGAGCUUAGGCCUUGGACAAAGUACAUUUAUGGACUUACAGGCCCGUAUGCAACAAGAGCUCCUGUCCAAUCCUGAUAUGCUACGACAAGUGUUGGACAAUCCUCUGGUACAACAAAUGAUGAAUGACCCUGAGAACAUGCGCACUCUCAUCACAUCUAACCCUCAAAUGCAGGACUUGAUGGCUAGAAAUCCAGAAAUUAGUCACAUGCUGAAUAACCCUGAACUGCUGCGACAAACAAUGGAGUUGGCUCGUAACCCUGCUAUGUUACAAGAACUAAUGCGUUCCCAUGACAGAGCACUAUCAAACCUAGAAAGUAUACCUGGUGGUUACAAUGCCUUACAAAGAAUGUAUCGUGACAUUCAAGAACCAAUGCUCAAUGUUGCAAGCAAUAUGGCUGGUAAUCCAUUUUCUGGCCUUGUGGAUAAUUCUGACGGCACGAACCCGCAGCAAGGUGCAGAAAACAGACAACCAUUGCCUAAUCCGUGGCAGCGCGGAGGCGGUGGAGGGGGUGCGGGUGGGGGCGCCGCGGGGGCGGCGGGCGCUGGCCCCGGGCUCAUCAACACUCCGGGCAUGCAGUCCCUGCUGCAGCAGAUGGCCGAGAACCCGAGACUUGUGCAGUCCAUGCUGUCCGCGCCUUACACCAAUAGCAUGUUGCAAGCGCUCGCUGCAGAUCCCGAUAUGGCAUCCCAGCUCAUUAACCAGAAUCCGAUGUUCGCCAACAAUCCUCAACUUCAGGAACAAAUCCGUACAAUGAUGCCUCAGAUGCUUGCUCAGUUGCAAAAUCCGGAGAUGCAACAAAUGAUGUCCAAUCCACAGGCGUUGAACGCCCUCCUACAGAUCCAGCAGGGCAUGGAGCAGCUGCGGACGGCCGCGCCCAGUCUCGUGAGCAACCUCGGGCUGGGCGUGGGCGCGGGCGCCGCCGCCCCGCCGCCCCCGCCCCCGCCCGCCGCCACGCCCCCGCAGGCCAGGCAGCAUCAGAACACCGAGCUCUUCACGCAGUUCAUGCAACGCAUGGUGUCGGCAAUGUCCAAUAAUCAGACUAAUACGCAGCAACCGCCUGAGCAACGUUACUCGCAACAAUUGGAGCAACUCGCAGCAAUGGGAUUCCUUAACCGAGAAGCAAACUUGCAAGCGUUGAUCGCGACUUUCGGUGACGUGAACGCAGCGGUGGAAAGGCUACUUGCGCUCGGCCAAUUGUCUAUGAGCUAACACUCAUGCGCAUAGACGUGUAUCCCAAAUGCCGCAGCUCACUACGUCACUGACCGCAAAACAUAUGACUAGGAGCCGUAUCAAUAAAACAACCUUAUCAAUAACGACAGAAAAAAAGUGUGAUUUCUACUGUUCGGUACCUGCUCUGUAGACGGGUAGCAAAAAUGUUUGUGUGUUAUAUUUGCUUUUUUGCUAUUAAUUUUUUUCAACCGCAGUACAACAAUGACAAAUACUAUCAGAGCCGUCAAAUACUGAUGCCAUAUUAAGACUUCAGAAAUCUCACAACAUGUGUCCUUUAAGUUUUUAUAAAAUAAAAUUGGUUAGAUAAGAUGUUAAUGGUUAGAUACCAGUUUAAAUAAAAAUGUAUUAAUGACUCGAUUUACCACAUAUUGCCGACCAGUAGAACAUUCGAGUUCCGUGAAACAAUAAUACAUCACACAUUGAUAAUAUACAUCUUUCUGUCAUUUCUACACUAUACCAUCCAGUGUAUUCAUGCGAACCUAAUUUUGAAAAUCUUAUUGUUCAAUUUAAAUAGUGUUCAGUAACGUAGCGAGUAAGUGGUUGUCUGAAAAUAUUUGGACAUGUAAAACACAUCUUUAAAUUCCUGAUGACUUCGAGCGAGGAAACGUAAUUCUUGUAAUAAAAUGUUUUUCUAUUCUGUAAUUUCGAUUCCAUUCCUUCUUGUUUUAUACAAAUUUAAAAGGUAUACUUACAUUUAUUAUUUCUAUUGUAAAGAAACAUAUAUUUCCAUGGUUAAUUAUACAUAUUCAUAAAUACAUCGUGGGCGACUAUUAGAAGAGGAGAACAUUGCAGUAGGUUAAGGUGGGGAGGUCAUGAUCGAUUCACAAAUGGGGAAUUUUUUGAUGUAAUGUAAUUAUAUACAUUGACAGCAGUGUAAGUUUUAUUAUCGCUUCAUAUAUUUUAUUGUCUCCUUUAAUAUUAAUUUAUAGAUUGACUGACUAUAGUAUCGUAUUCGUGACUCCUACCGUACCUCGGCCUAUAGAAUCAUGUAAAUAGUUUUGCUUUGGAACAACAAUACGAUUUCACUAGCGUUUGAAUUUCAAGUAUGAACUCGAUUCAAACAUUAAUGGAGGUGCUCUUUUGCAUAAGUCAUAUGUGACUAUGGUUUGCGCCUAAAGUGUUAGUUCAAAUAUUUUAUUUUCACUGGGCAUAAGUCGUGUAAAAAUUACGCUAAAAAGUAUACUAUGUCAUAUUUCUUGAAUAAAUUGCAGUGUUCUAAGUUAUGCAUAUUAUGCAUACAAAUUUUAAUUUGUGGCGGUUAAAUAUUAUUUUUAAUCAGAGGUUUUGUUUCUAGCUUAAUAUAGUGGUUUUUAUAGUAAUUAAUUAAAUUUAAGUUGUAAAAAAUAUGAACGACUACUGUUUUAGGGAAAUAUGUUCAUUUACCCAGACUUGAUCACAGGAACACCUUUCCUUGUUAUAUAUAAUGCAUUAAUAAGGAAUCACUUUAUGUAACGUAUAGCAAUGAUCAUUGGUGCGUACUCGAAGUAGGCAUUUUUGUGAAAGUUAGUGUUAUAAAAUUGUAAUACACUGUGUGCAAAUUUUUCAUACACAUUUUUGUGCUAAAAUAUGAGCCGAUGUAAAACAAAUACAAUUGCUAGAUGCCUCAUCAUAGUUCACGCCUUAACAUAAGUUUCUUGAUGUUACAAUAUGUACCUUUUUCAAUAUCCUAGAGACUUCUAAUUCCCUGGCAUUUUAAUAUAUUAUUUAUAAACUUGCAAAAAGGCGUGCUGUGAUGUAGUCUAGAUUGCUAGAAUUGUCUGAAAUUGUAUGAAUCUGGGUGUAUUAUUAUGUGACGGAAUGCAAUUAUUAUAAUUAAACC